AUGAAAUCUGUGCCAAAAACAACUAAUAAUAAUAAUAAUAAUAAUAACUGGCCAUCGGUUAAGACACCGGUCGGUAAAAUUGUCGGUACAAGUGUCCAGCGAUUGGGCCGUCGGGUCAACUGUUUUCUGGGUAUACCCUAUGCUGAACCACCAGUCGGUAAACUAAGGUUCAGGAAACCGGUGCCUAAAAACCGGGUAAAAGUAAUCAAAGCUAUUAGACAACCAAACUAUUGUUGGCAAAAACAAUGGGAUAUCAAAAAUCAUUACGCAAUCAAACCAUUGCUUAAAUGGUUUCCCGAUUGGACCCAAACGGCUAUUGGUGUCCAACGAUCGGAAGAUUGUCUCUAUUUGAAUGUCUAUCAGCCGGUGCUUACAAACAAUAAUAAAAAUAACUUAACGGUAAUGGUUUGGAUAUAUGGCGGCGGUUUCCUAAGCGGUGCUAUCAGUCUAUACGAUGGUUCAGUAUUGGCUUCAACUCAUGAGGUACUGGUAGUUACCAUUAGCUAUAGGGUAGGUAUGUUUGGUUUUUUGGCCGCACCUGCCGAUGAUGAUGACGGCAAUAGUAGUAGUAGUAGUAGUAGUGGUAGUAGUUAUCAUGGAUUGGCCGGCAAUUGGGGACUUCACGAUCAAGUGCUGGCACUCCAGUGGAUCAAACUGAAUAUCCAUUGGUUUGGCGGUAAUCCCGAUAACAUUGUAUUGUUUGGCGAAAGUGCCGGUGCUAUCAGUGUUGGCUAUCAUAUGAUUUCCCCUAAAAGUCAGCAACUAUUUCAUAGAGCUAUUAUGGAAAGUGGCGAUCCAUUAGUACCGCUGAUAAUGGCCUCCAAACAGUCACAUACACAGGCAGUGGUUGACUUGAUUCAGGCCAUCAAUUGUUCCCAAUUGAGUACUAAUUCAACGCACCGGGAGAUCAUUGGCGAUGGCAUUGAAUGUCUAAGACAUGCCAACGUCCGGGAAAUGUAUAAUAUAUCGGAAAUAUUAUUUCAGAAACAUUUGGGCGUAUUUAUGCCGAUUGUCGACAACGACUUUUUUGCCGAUCAUCCGCAAGAGUUGGUCAACAAUCGGUCAUUUUAUUCGGCAAAAGAGAUACUCAUUGGUACCAAUGCUGUCGAAGGUGCCUAUUUUUCAUCAUUUGGACCAAUGGAAAAGUAUUGGAGGAACGAUACUAUUUCCGAAAACUUUACCAAACAAGCUAUCGAUGAAUUGGUCAACGAGUCGGUACCGGCAAUAUUUCGGUCGUUGGCCGCCCAGGCGGUCAACUUUACACUCGACGGCAUCGAAGACCAAAACAAUUCCAGCCAAUUGUGGAACCGUUACAUACAGAUUGUCGGCGACAUUAUCUUUGUCUGUCCGGACCAGUUGUUUAUCGACAAGUUUGCCGAUUCCCGGGAUCAUCAUUCAGUCUAUUACUAUCGUUUCAAUAGGAUAUCUGCUUAUCUAUCGCACCAUCCGAAAUGGGUUACCGGUGCCGUCCAUAGCGAGGAAAUACAAUUUGUUUUUGGUGUACCAUUGAUUGCUACCGAUUUGUAUACCCGAGAGGAAAGACAACUGAGUAGACAUAUGAUGACUUUGUGGACUAAUUUUGCCAAAACUGGUAAUCCAAUGCCCGAUAAUCCUAAUCAAUGGAUAGCAUAUACACCACAACAGCAGCGAUAUAUGAUUUUUGAUACAAACAAUAGUUAUUUAACUAAUGGUUUUCCCGGAUAUAAAUGCAAUGAUUAUUAUGAAAUGGCUAUAACUAAUGCCAGACAUAUGAUUGCCAACAAAAUUAUUAGUUAA